UUCAAGUCCUCGAAUUACAAAGCUCCAACUCUAUCCACAACUCUUAUCGGAAAACGAAGACAGACACUAACAAUGGCUUCUGCUACGAUGCCCAUGACUGUCUCUUUUGGUCUGAGAUUCUCCCCAUUGUGCUCUUCCCGUGUUGGUCAAGCCCCCGUCCAACUCGCUCGACUCAACCGUACCAACUCGCUGAGACUCAGUUCCUCACACACCAUUUCUGGGUUCGGCUCGCUUCUUCCCCUCAGGCUCUGCACCAUCACUUCCACCCCUCUUAGGCUUCGCUCUCUCACCAUUGUAGCUCAUAAAGGCUACAAAAUGAAGACCCACAAGGCUUCAUCAAAGCGGUUCAGGGUGACAGGUAGAGGGAAAAUAGUUCGGAGGAGAGCCCGAAAGCAGCAUUUACUAGUGAAAAAGAAUGCCAAGAGGAGAAACCGGCUUUCCAAAAUGCAUGCAGUCAGUCGAAGUGAUUAUGACAAUGUGAUUGGAGCCUUGCCAUAUCUUAAAGUAAAUAGGAAGGCAGAAUAGAGAUGAUAUUUGAACUUGUUGCAAAAGGCAUUUGGGAUCUGUAAACCUGUAAUUUUCUUCUUUGUAGAAGUUCUCGGUUGUUCUAUAAUUUAUCUCUUUUGUAAUGAAUGGACAGUGGUUCGUUUUACCUGCAAUGGGAUUUUUUUGUAGGUUUUACUGUC